ACGAAUAUUUUAGAGGUACUUCCAAACACUGACUUUGUUCUCAAUUGGUUGCCCAGGUACUUGGGAAUGGUGCCUGCUUUUGGCUUCGGAUGCUAUAAAAGGCAUUUGGGAAUGGUGUGCGAUUCAGCAAGAAAAAACAAUGCCACCAUUAGAUGCCAACUGAAGCUCUGGUUUGGUUUCUAACGUAUGAGGACUUCAACUGAACCUCUGGUUAAAGCUCUCCUCAAUAGUCCCACUACCAUCAAAUCCAGAUCCCAGGCUCAACAACUCCACGCCCAAGUCCUCAAACUUCAACCUUCUUCUCUUUCCAAUCUCUCUCUCCUUCUCUCCCUCUACUCCCACAUUAAUCUUCUCGAUGAUUCACUCCGUCUUUUCAACACCCUUCACUUCCCUCCACCUCUCGCUUGGAAAUCUAUCAUCCGUUGCUACACUGCUCAUGGCUUUCCUCAUCAGUCCUUGGCUUCUUUUAUUGGAAUGCUGGCUUCUGGGCAAUAUCCAGAUCACAAUGUCUUUCCUUCUGUUCUUAAAUCUUGUGCAUUGCUUAUGGAUUUGAAGUUGGGGGAGUCCGUUCAUGGGUACAUCGUUAGGAUUGGUUUGGAUUUUGAUUUGUAUACUGGCAAUGCGUUGAUGAAUAUGUAUUCCAGACUGCGGUUUCUGCAGGGAAUUGGGAAGCAGAGACUUGCUGCGGGUGAGGUGUUCGAUGAAAUGUCUGAACGGACACAAAGUGGUAGAAAUGGGUCUGGCUUCCUUGGUAACGAGGGGAGAAACGUGAGUUGCAUCGAAGCAUUUCAUAGUGAUGAUUCUUGCGGAAACAGGGAGUUUGAAUCACAAGUUGUUGAUAUCAAUCAGAAGGUCGAAUUAGACCUCAACCAGAGAAAUGAAUAUAGCGAAUUGGAAGCCUGUAAUAUUGAGGAAACCAAGGAUGUUUCUCAUUCGAAAGGGCGCCAAAGUGAGGAUAGUGUUAGAAAGAUCUUCGAGAUGAUGCCUGAAAGGGAUCUUGUCUCGUGGAACACCAUAAUUGCAGGAAAUGCUCGGAAUGGUCUACAUGAAGAAACUUUAACGAUGGUUAGAGAGAUGGGUGAUGCUAAUUUGAAGCCUGAUUCAUUCACUUUGUCUAGUGUGCUUCCUCUUAUUGCAGAGUAUGUAGAUAUUAAUAAGGGGAAAGAGAUACAUGGAUGUGCCAUAAGACAGGGUCUUGAUGCAGACAUUUUCGUGGCAAGCAGCUUAAUUGAUAUGUACGCAAAGUGCACCCGAGUAGUGGAUUCAUCUCGGGUAUUUAAUCUCUUGGCUAAACGAGAUGGGAUCUCAUGGAAUUCUAUCAUUGCAGGGUGUGUGCAGAAUGGCCUAUUUGAUGAAGGUCUGAGAUUUUUCCGCCAAAUGUUGGUAGCUAAAAUCAAGCCCAAGAGCUAUUCCUUCUCAAGUAUUAUGCCAGCUUGUGCUCACUUGACAACAUUGCACCUAGGGAAGCAGCUCCAUGGAUACAUCAUAAGGAAUGGCUUUGAUGACAACAUAUUUAUAGCAAGUUCACUAAUCGACAUGUAUGCGAAAUGUGGGAACGUUAGGAUGGCCAGGCAGGUCUUUGGUAGGAUGAGAUUACGAGACAUGGUAUCAUGGACUGCCAUGAUUAUGGGAUGUGCUUUACACGGGCAUGCGCUGGAUGCUAUUGACUUAUUUGAACAAAUGGAAACAGAAGGAAUAAAGCCCAAUUAUGUGGCCUUCAUGGCUGUAUUAACUGCCUGUAGCCAUGCCGGAUUAGUUGAUGAAGCUUGGAAAUACUUCAAUAGCAUGACACUGGAGUUCAGGAUUUCUCCAGGUGUGGAACACUACGCUGCUGUUUCGGACCUCCUUGGACGAGCUGGAAGGCUGGAGGAAGCUUAUGACUUCAUCUCUGGGAUGCAAAUGGGACAAACUGCGAGCAUAUGGUCUACUCUGCUGUCUGCUUGUCGAGUUCACAAAAACGUUGACAUGGCCGAAAAGGUUGCCAAAAGGAUUCUUGAAAUUGAUCCCAAGAACACCGGAACUUAUGUGUUAUUAGCAAACAUAUAUUCUGCUGCCAAGAGAUGGAAAGAUGCCGCGAAAUGGAGAGCCUCACUGAGGCACACGGGCGUGAGAAAGACACCAGCCUGCAGCUGGAUUGAAGUUAAAAACAAGGUACAUGCGUUCAUGGCCGGUGACAAAUCCCAUCCAUAUUAUGAGAAAAUAAGAGAAGCCAUGGAAGUUCUAAUGGAGUUGAUGGAAAAAGAGGGUUAUGUGCCGGAUACAAGUGAGGUUUAUCAUGAUGUGGAAGAGGAACAAAAGAGGACUUUGCUUUACAGCCACAGUGAGAGGCUUGCCAUAGUGUUUGGUAUCAUCAACACGCCAACCGGGACGACGAUUCGUGUCACAAAGAACCUCCGUGUGUGUACAGAUUGUCACACUGCAACAAAGUUCAUUUCAAAGAUAGUUGGGAGGGACAUUGUUGUGAGGGAUAACAGUCGAUUUCACCAUUUCAGAAAUGGAAUAUGCUCUUGUGGAGAUUUCUGGUAACAGAACAGUGAGGAGAUUUUGUGAUAUGUAUAAUUUAAUAUAAGUUGGAAGUUUCUCAAGGAGCACAGUGUAGGGGAAAACAUCAAACACCUUGCUUUUGGAAAUGCCUCCAAUCUAACUUCUGAGGAAGACUUGGAAUUUCUUUCGUACAUAACAAGGAACUUCCGAUCCUCUUACACAUUCUUUCUGUUCCGUGCUUGAAUUGCCCCAGCAGGUGUGAAAAGAAUACAAACACGAUC